CUCGCGCGUCCUGAUAUCACUCCGCUGGCAUGGAGGAGGAGGAGGAGGUGGAGGAGCGUGAGGAGGAGGAGGAGGAGGCGGCGGCGGCGGCGAGCAGUUGAUCAUUGUGAUGGUGGUGGAGGCGGCGGCGGCAGCGGCAGCCUGGCCGAGCGUUAGGGGCUGCUCUCCGCGCGGCGUUUCGCAAAGGACUUCAGCGAUCUACUUUUGCAGUCGCCUCGGACUGUCCAUGUGUUUACUUGCCCCAGCCCGAGGACUCGAUGUCUAGGCUUCUGUGAAAUGCAACUGAGCAGCCAAAGUACUUUGAGAACACGGGGCGGCAUAAACACCAAAACUUUUUUGUGGAAGGAAAAUGCAAUAAGCAAGCUCGCCGUUUUCCGAUGCGGCGUGGAGUGAGUGUGUGUCGCGCGUGUCCGCACAGGAGGCACACGCUUGUGUGUGUACAUGGGGUGUGUUUUUCGGUACGUAGUGAGAAAAUGCUUGCCAACCACCGGAAACCUGGAAUUUAUUAGAAAAUAAUGGAUUAUUAAAAGGAGGCAGGCGAGGAGCGGAUCUCCCCUUGAGUUGCAAGCCGAUCUGCUGCCGGCUCAGUUUGUUGGGAUUCUAUUUGUUGAUAGGUGUCUGAUGGUAUUCCGAUAACACCCCCUCUUUCCUCCCCUGGAUCUUUACAGUUUUUUUUUUUAAAGGAAACAACAACAAAAAACCACCCCAAAUCUCUCCCUCUUUAUUUUCGCCCCGUGGGGAUCGCUGUUUUCAUCCAUGUGCUUGCGUCUCCCCCGCGUUCCACUUAAACUAUUUUAAUCCUUGGACCCAAGGAGGAGGCUGAUAGGGGGGUGGAUUAAAAAAAAGUUCUUCCAAAAUAGUGUGCCCCGGGAGCAGGAUGGGGGAUUUCGCAGCCCCCACUGCUGCCGCGAAUGGUAGUAGUAUCUGCAUCAACAGCAGCCUGAGCAGCAACCUCGGCGGGGCCGGGAUCGGCGUGAAUACUCCCAAUAGCACUCCGGCUGCUCCAAGUGGCAAUCACCCCGUUGCCGGCGGCUGCGGCGGCUCCGGGGGCCCCGGCGGCGGCUCGGCGGCCGUCCCCAAGCACAGCACGGUGGUCGAGCGGCUCCGGCAGCGUAUCGAGGGCUGCCGGCGGCACCACGUCAACUGCGAGAACAGGUAUCAGCAGGCUCAGGUGGAGCAGCUGGAGCUGGAGCGCCGGGACACCGUGAGCCUCUACCAGCGGACCCUGGAGCAGAGGGCCAAGAAAUCGGGCGCCGGCACCGGCAAGCAACAGCAUCCGAGCAAAGCCCAGCAAGAUGCGGAGGCUGCCUCGGCGGAGCAGAGGAACCACACGCUGAUCAUGCUCCAAGAGACGGUGAAAAGGAAACUGGAAGGGGCUCGAUCACCACUUAACGGGGACCAGCAGAAUGGGGCCUGUGAUGGGAGCUUCUCCCCAACAAACAAGCGCAUCCGCAAGGAUCUUCCCACGGGGAUGGAAGCCAUCAACAGUUUACCCAACAACAUGCCCCUGCCUUCAGCUUCACCCCUUCACCAACUUGACCUCAAGCCUUCUUUGCCCUUGCAGAACAGUACAGCUCACCCUUCUGGGCUUCUAGACGAUCUGGGUAAGAAUGGCAGGCUCCCUGAGAUUAAACUCCCCGUCAAUGGCUGUGGGGAUCUAGAGGACAGCUUUGCUAUCUUGCAAAGCAAGGACCUCAAGCAGGAGCCUCUUGAUGACCCUGCCUGCAUAGACCCAUCAGAAACGUCACUUUCCAAUCAGAACAAGCUGUUCUCUGACAUUAACCUGAAUGACCAAGAGUGGCAGGAACUAAUAGACGAACUGGCCAACACGGUUCCGGAAGAUGACAUCCAGGACCUGUUCAACGAAGACUUUGAGGAGAAGAAGGACCAAGAAUUCUCACAGACAACCAUGGAGACCCCACUCUCCCACGAGAGUGCCAGCAUGAAAAGUGAUGCUUCUCAUUCUCCUUUUGCGCACGUCUCGAUGGGAUCGCCCCAGGCCAGACCUUCAUCUUCCGGUCCUCCCUUUUCUACUGUCUCCACAGCCACUAGCUUGCCAUCCGUGGCCAACACUCCCGUGGCUCCAAACCCUGCCAGCUCACCAGCUAACUGUGCCGUCCAGUCCCCCCAAACUCCUACGCAAGCCCACACUCCGGGUCAAGCCCCACCGCGGCCUGGCAACGGCUAUCUUCUUAAUCCAGUCUCGGUGGCGGUAUCUGGUUCAGGGUCAGGCUCGGUGGCGGGGCCCAGCUCUGACAUGUCUCCGGCAGAGCAACUCAAACAGAUGGCUGCCCAGCAACAACAGAGGGCCAAGCUCAUGCAGCAGAAGCAGCAGCAGCAGCAGCAACAACAACAACAGCAGCAGCAGCAACAGCAACAGCAGCAGCAGCCGCACUCAAAUCAGACUUCAAGUUGGUCUCCCUUAGGGCCUCCGUCAAGUCCAUAUGGAGCAGCUUUCACUGCAGAAAAACCAAAUAGCCCAAUGAUGUACCCCCAAGCCUUUAACAACCAAAACACUAUAGUGCCUGCAAUGGCCAACAGCCUGCAGAAGACGAACAUGAACAACUACCUCCCCUCCAAUCACAUGAAUAUGAUCGGUCAGCAGCCAAAUAACUUGGGUACAAACUCCUUAACCAAACAGCACAAUAUUCUCACCUACGGCAACACUAAGCCCCUGACCCAUUUUAAUGCGGACUUGAAUCCGAGGAUGACGCCCCCCAUGGCCAACCCCAACAAAAACCCCUUGAUGCCCUACAUCCAGCAGCAGCCUCCGCAGCCCCAGCCCCAGCCGCAGCCCCAGCCUUCCCAGCAGCAGCCUCCGCCUCCACCACAGCUGCAGGCUCCCAGGGCACAUCUGAGUGAGGACCAGAAGCGCAUGCUUCUCAUGAAGCAGAAAGGAGUGAUGAAUCCACCCAUGGCCUACGCUGCGCUUCCAGCCCACGGUCAGGAGCAGCAUGCAGCUGGUCUUCCCAGGACCGCGGGCCCCAUGCAGAACUCUGUGCCGCCGCCGGGGUCGAGCAGCAUGGUCUCAGGAGCCAGUCCUGGGGGGCUUGGCUUUCUAGGGGGCCAGCCACAGGCAGCCAUCAUGAAGCAGAUGCUAAUGGACCAACGAGCCCAGCUGAUGGAGCAUCAGAAGCAACAGUUCCUUCGGGAGCAGAGGCAGCAGCAGCAGCAGAUCCUGGCUGAGCAGCAGUUACAGCAGUCACACCUGCCCCGCCAGCACCUCCAGCAGCAGCGGACACCAUACCCAGUGCAGCAGGUCAAUCAGUUCCAAGGUUCACCCCAGGAUAUAGCGGCCGUGAGAAACCAGGCAGCCCUCCAGAACAUGCGGACAUCAAGGUUGAUGGCACAGAAUGCAGGCAUGAUGGGAAUGGGACCCUCCCAGAACCCAGGGACUAUGACCACAGCAGCAGCCCCGUCAGAAAUAGGACUGACCCCUUAUAGUGCCCCUCCACCCAACCAACCCGGAAUGUACAACAUGAGCACAGGAAUGACCCAAAUGUUGCAGCACCCGAACCAAAGUGGCAUGAGCGUCCCACACAGCCAAGCCCAGGGACCCAGGCAGCCUGCCUCUGGCCAAGGAGUGGGCUUGGUGAGCGGCUUUGGUCAGAGCAUGCUGGUGAACUCGGCUCUGACCCAGCAGCACCAGCCGUUGAAAGGACCCGUGGGCCAGGCCUUGCCGAGGCCCCAAGGCCCACCAAGGCUUCAGAGUGUCAUGGGAACCAUCCAGCAAGGAGCGCAGAACUGGCAACAAAGGGGCCUGCAGGGAGUGCCGGGGAGGACUAGUGGAGAGUUGGGACCAUUCAACAAUGGCGCCAGCUACCCGCUCCAAGCUGGUCAGCCAAGACUGGCGAAACAACACUUCCCACAGGGACUGAGCCAGUCAGUCAUGGACGCUAACGCCGGCGCAGUGAGAACCCUCAAUCCAGCGGCUAUGGGCCGUCCGAUGAUGCCACCACUUGCAGGGCAGCAAGGUCCCAGUCAAGUGAGGCCGUUGGUCAUGUCUGGUCUGAACCAGGGUGUCCCUGGCAUGGCGGCAUUCAGCCAGCCCCCAGCCCAGCAGCAGAUAGCGGGCGGCACCUUUGCCGCGAGCAACCAGGGCCAGGCCUACGAGCGGAACCCCGCUCAGGACAUGUCCUACAAUUAUAGCGGUGAGGGUGCUGGGGCUUCGUUCCCUGGCCUCCCGGACAGUACAGACCUGGUGGACUCCAUCAUCAAAAGUGGCCCGGGGGAUGAGUGGAUGCAAGAACUUGAUGAACUCUUCAGUAACCCCUAGUCGGGAGGGGUCCGAGAGCUGUAGUGGCGGAAGCCUCGCAGGCGGGAAAGAAACAGGAUGGUGCCCCAUCCUUGUUUUUUGUUUUUUUGACCCACGUAAACCGAGAAAACGACAGCCGGCUGACAGUAGAGAAGGUAUGGGUGCCAACCCCCAGCUCCAUGGGGCUUCAUUCCACCUGCCUUCCACAGAGCAACCAAGUAGAGAGGUCAUGCGGAUACCUGCGUGCAGAGAAGAGAUGUGGGGAGCAGGGGAGUAAGUCGAGGCAGCAAGAGUUCCUCUGCUAAGCACCCCGGGACCCACUGGUCCAGAAAGAGUCGUUCCGACCCAAAGAGGGACCGUGGCCCAAGAUGAGGUCCCCUCAGACCUGCCUGCCUCAGUUCCCGAGACCUCGGAGAUGGAGCCUCAGCCAGAGGAAGCCCAGCCGGAGGAUGCUGGGAGACACACAGGCAGUGUGCAUAGGUCAGAAACCCUCUGAAUGCUGGAUGGAAGGAGAUGUCUACUUCCAGACGUGUUCCUGGAUAUGGAGGCAGGCAUGAAGAACAGUGGACUCGCCUGAGCUGGCCCAAGGGAGACAAGCAAGGGUCCUGCAGGGCUAUCUGUCUCCUGCCCAGCGAUGACCCUCAGGAAUGGUAAGGUGUUACUGCCAGCCCCCUCACCAGGAUUGACAACUAUACUUGAGAAGGGCCCAACUGGUAGCCCUGAAGGUCAACUUCUGCCAGUGGCCAUGGUGGCCAUCGCUCUAGGUUGGGCUGAGCUUCCUGGAGGCCCCAUCUGAUUCGACGUAUCUGUUUUCAUCUGUUUGUGAUCAUAGCGUGGAGAGGCCCCUGCUGGAUUCAGUGUCUGCCAGCCCAGCCCCUUCCUCCCUCACCACUGUCUCUAGUCCUGGCCUCUGUGCCAGCCUGCCUUUACUUCUCCCUACAGGAAGGGAAGCCCUGGGGCAAAGUCAAAGGAAGUACAAGAAGAAUUUCGACAGUGUCUGGCUUACGGAGAUCUGCGCAGGAGCCAAGUGGGCCGCACUGAUAAAAAGCUGCAGGUUUAUGCGUUAUACCCACGCUUCAGAUAUCCCCAGGGAAGAAUGGCCUGGCGUCCUUUCAGAUGAUGCCAACAAUGACGCUCCAGAAUCAACCCCAUCAUCAGAAAGGCAAAUAUCAAAUGCUAGAGAUGGAAAAGCUGAAAACUCAUAACUCCACCUUAACCAGUUCAGACGCUAAAGAGAGGGAGAUGCGGCCCCCAUCUUGAAGGCUGUGCCGCUGUCUUCUUGGUAGCGCACAUACAUGCCCGACGUGAAAACUAAGAAGGAAUUAACAACCUCUGUGGUCACAAGCCUUGUCUCUCGCUCUGUACCUCCCCUCCCACAAGCCCAUCUUGGAGGUCAGAUGGCAUUUUCCCAUGGUGUUGCACACACACACACACACAUCCCACAAACUGGCUUCCUUCUCUGUCUUCAUGUCCAUCUCACUCCAGAAGACAGGAGCCUGUGGAGACUGUACCAGCCAUACCCAAGAACAUCCCGAGAAGGUGUAGAAGGCUGCCGUGGAGCACUGUGGCUCUGGUCUCCGUACCACGAGAGUUCCAGACCUGCUCUGCCAGGAAGUAAAGCCAGAGGCACCAGGGUGAGGAGCUGUGCGCCUCUCCAAAACUCCCAGAAUUGGGGGGUGGGGUACUGCCGCUAGGGAAACUGAGUGGAGACACGUGGAAACCAAAAAAUAAUUUUAAAAAAGUAGUAACGUGAGAAAUCAGAAUACAGGUGUAUCACCUUUUCCUGCCAGGUUACAGGAAAGAAAUAUAUAAGCAAUGAGGAGAAACUGGAGGUGGAGAGAGUGGGAGCCAUUGUCCUUGGAAAGCCUCCAACAAGUGCUCAGCCUGAGGACCAACUAAUAUGGUAGAUUUUAAUGAGGUCAUUUUGUUUUGUUUUUACUACGGUGCUGAUGUAUAUGUAAUGUCUAAAAAAAAAGAAGUUAUUUGUACAUAAGUUUUUACAAUGCUACAGAUAUCACUGGGUCUACUAUAUGUAAAAAGUAUACAUAUAAAUAUAUAUAUAUAUAAUGUUUGUUUAAAAUAGAGUAUUUUUAUUUCCCCCCAACUCAUCAUCGAAGAGGUGGUGUUAACUUCGGGUGAUGUCUAAUUCCUGGUUUAUACCGUAUGACCUAUUGGCAACUUCCUCCAUUUUAUCCAGAUUUUUCUAGUUUUCUGUUUUUACUUUGUCCAUCAAGCACCCUUUAAGGAGUGUGCAGAACUCUGGAAUUUAGAAGCGAAGCGAUGCUGACACACCACUUUUAAAGACAAAACAGCCCACGGAAAUCAGAUGUCACUCUCUGAGUCAAUCCAUAGCAUAGCUCGCUUUGGGAUCCCCUCUCUGGCCCAGCCCCAGUUACUCAGAUGUAUCAUUCUCGGGUUUUAGUGGAGUAACUGAAGAUUCCUUUUUCGGCAUUGUGGUGUCGUUAUUUAAACAAUGAUUUAACAGUAGAAAUCAAUCACUCUCGAGCCUUUUUAGUUUAACCACGCCACUGAGACUUUCUGAAUUUGCUAGAGUACCCUGAGGGGUGUGGCGGAAGGGAGAGGGGUCUGACGUGAAGAAGUCUGUUUAUAGAUCCAGGGCCAGAAUGAUUCAAAAUUAGCUCAGCCCGAGCAUUCAGAAAAUAGCGGGGCCAGUGGAAUGACGCCAGAGGGGAAAGGCGCUUGCCACCAAGCCUGGAGACUUGGGUUCGAUCCCUGGAACCCACAGGAUGGGAGGAAAACUGACUCCCACAAAUGGUCCUUUGUCCUCUAGAUGAGCCCCCUGUGACUCAAGUGCGCAUGCGCACAUGUGCGCAGGCGGGCAGGCACGUGCACACGCACGCGCACAUACACAAAUGUAUAAAAAUAUAAUGAAGAGAAAAUGGAUAGUAAAAAAUUGAUGGAAAUAUUUGGACUGUAUUGGGAGGAAACAAUUCGGUAGCCUUGCUCUCUGUAGCGGGCAAUUUUGACACCCGCACUUCUCCGCGUCCCGUUUCUGCUAGCCCACUGUGCCUCUGUCAACGCAGGGUCUGACCCAGCUUUCCCCGUACCUACCGUGAGCUGAAAAUGCUUCAGGCUUAUCCUCCUCUAAGUCCAGCCAGUAGCUCACUAGUACGGGAUAAUAAAAGGCCAGUGAACAAACUGCAGGAUCACGCAGAGGCUGGGCCUUGGAGGCUGGGGCAUGGCUGCCACUUGCUCCCUUGCUUGAUUUCUUCCCAUCUUCCACCCGUUGCCCCACUUUCUUUUCCCCCCUCUUCCUUCAGGCCCGUCAUUAACAUAUUGCAUACAUGGGAAUCCAUUUCUCCACUUCGAGAAGACCCGCCCUUAAGAUAUGCCCAUUAAACUUAAAACAUAGUAAAAUGGCAUUAUUUUCAAAACUCUUGAGUUAAGCAGAUAAUAGACCACAGAGAAACAUCACCAGUAGAAACGGUUCCAAAACAAAGAUGAGUUUUAAUAUACAUGAGCCAGGAGAAAGAAUGAACCCCACCGUGGAAGGAGAGGCUAGCCCUGCCCACCGUGGGCUGUGCUUCCAGGCUGGCUCACAGUGCUGUGGAGGAAGUAGCCUGCCGCUGGCUGCCCCUGUAGAGCUCAGACUCUGCCAGAUAACCGGGUGGUAAAAGUGGAUCUGGUUUGGUUGGAAGGAGGAUGAGAGCGGGAAUUGACGACAGGGUAAAACCAUGACGCUCUGAGAGGGAUGAUGCUCCUCACUUUAAAGUUUAUACUGAAAUCUGUUGGGCGCCGGAUCUCGAAUGGGAUACCUUUCUUCUUAAGAAAAAUAAAUAAAUCUAUAAUUUUAUUAAGAUAAA